UCAGUCGACAUCUGACUGUGCUCCGUAAAACAUAUAUAAUAUUCAACAACAAAAAUUCGUAACAAAAAAUUAAAAUUAAUUAAAAUGUUUUCGCUUUCUGGUGCUACUGGGCUUGAUGUCAUCGUUGUUGUCACUUACAAUAUUUUUCUAUAUUGGGUGGCACCGUCUAUGAAAAAGCCCGUCCUUCAGCUGAGUAAAUGGCAGAGCAUAUCGAAAGCCAUCUGGCAAAGCAUACCGCACUGCAUACAAGAGAUCAUCUCUCAGAUUCCCUAUGUUGAAAACUGGAUCCAAGUCGUGCAGCCGCCAGUCCGAGGACUAGACUAUCUGCACCCCAAAUUUGUGGACAUCUUUUGGAGCAUAAACCUGGCCAUAAACAUACUGAUGGUGCUCGCAGCAGUAAUACAAUCGCAAUGGAAACACCAUUACAAAUGUCUACGCAAUCUGCUAUUUAUAAUAUUUGGUCUAUGGAUCAUUUUGGGCUUCAUUCUAUUGCUGUUGGUUUUAUGCCCAUACAUUUUUCCGACCGAAGCACUUUUGCAAGCACAACUGAACAAUGAUCUCACCAAGUUCUUGAUAUGCAGCCUGGGCAUGAGCUUUGUCUGCGGCGUACUCAUGAGCAAGUCUCUGAAACUGAAUCCUAACCGCCGCAAGUCGAGACCUUUGAGUACAUGGCGCCGACCUUUAAAGUCGCUUGGUCGCUGCUAAAUUUGUUAA